UCCGGUGACACUCAAGAGGGCGCAUCGAGGGAGGCCGGCGCGAGAAGCCGCUGCUCGCCUGGUCGCCGCCGUCCUCGUCUUCCUCCUCGCCUGCCUAUACAGUAUCCCCUCGCGGAGCUGCUCCUCCUGCUGCUGAGGCGGCGUCCCUGCGCGGUCGCCGAGGGGCGAUCCGGCAGGCGCGAUGUACGGAUUCGUCAAUCACGCUCUGGAGCUUCUGGUGAUCCGGAAUUACGGCCCCGAGGUCUGGGAGGACAUCAAGCGGGAGGCACAACUGGAUGAAGAAGGUCAGUUUCUAGUCAGAAUUAUCUAUGAUGAUUCAAAAACGUACGAUCUGGUUGCUGCGGCAAGCAAAGUCCUUAAUCUUAACGCUGGAGAAAUCCUUCAGAUGUUUGGGAAGAUGUUUUUUGUGUUUUGUCAAGAAUCUGGUUAUGACACCAUCUUGCGUGUGUUGGGCUCCAAUGUUAGAGAAUUUUUGCAGAACCUUGAUGCUCUUCAUGACCACCUUGCUACAAUAUACCCAGGUAUGCGUGCCCCUUCCUUUAGAUGUACUGAUGCAGAAAAGGGGAAGGGACUCAUUCUGCAUUACUAUUCUGAGAGAGAAGGGCUCCAAGACAUUGUAAUUGGGAUCAUCAAAACAGUUGCUCAACAAAUUCAUGGCACGGAAAUAGAUAUGAAGGUUAUUCAACACAGAAAUGAAGAGUGUGACCAUAUUCAGUUUUUAAUUGAAGAGAAGGAGUCUAAGGAAGAAGAUUUUUAUGAAGACCUGGACAGAUUUGAAGAGAAUGGCACCCAAGAGUCUCGCAUCAGUCCUUAUACUUUUUGCAAAGCUUUCCCUUUCCAUAUUAUAUUUGAUAGAUCUCUAGUUGUCACCCAGUGUGGCAAUGCAAUAUACAGAGUCCUUCCACAGCUCCAGCCAGGGUAUUGCAAUCUUUUGUCAGUGUUUUCAUUGGUUCGGCCUCAUAUUGAUAUUAGUUUCCAUGGAAUCCUCUCACAUAUCAACACAGUCUUUGUGCUGAGGAGCAAGGAAGGGCUGUUGGAUGUGGAAAAGUUAGAGUGCGAAGAUGAAUUAACUGGUACAGAAAUUAGCUGCUUACGCCUUAAGGGUCAAAUGAUCUACCUACCAGAAGCAGAUAGUAUUCUCUUUCUUUGUUCUCCAAGUGUGAUGAAUUUGGAUGACUUAACUAGAAGAGGGCUAUACCUGAGUGACAUUCCACUGCAUGAUGCUACCCGUGAUUUGGUCCUUUUGGGAGAGCAGUUCAGAGAGGAAUACAAGCUGACUCAAGAGCUGGAGAUACUAACAGACAGGCUUCAGCACACAUUAAGAGCACUGGAAGAUGAGAAGAAAAAGACAGACACCUUGCUGUAUUCUGUCCUUCCUCCAUCUGUGGCCAAUGAGCUGAGGCACAAGCGCCCUGUGCCAGCAAAGCGCUAUGAUAAUGUGACCAUACUUUUUAGUGGCAUUGUUGGGUUUAAUGCCUUCUGUAGUAAACAUGCCUCUGGAGAGGGAGCCAUGAAAAUUGUCAAUCUCUUAAAUGACCUUUACACAAGAUUUGAUAUCCUGACUGAUUCACGAAGGAAUCCCUUUGUUUAUAAGGUUGAGACAGUUGGAGACAAGUAUAUGACAGUAAGUGGCUUGCCAGAGCCAUGCAUUCACCAUGCACGUUCUAUCUGCCACUUAGCACUGGAUAUGAUGGAAAUUGCUGGACAGGUUCAAGUUGAUGGAGAGUCUGUACAGAUAACAAUAGGCAUCCACACAGGAGAAGUAGUCACAGGUGUCAUUGGCCAAAGGAUGCCCCGUUAUUGUCUUUUUGGAAACACCGUUAAUCUAACAAGCAGAACAGAAACUACUGGAGAAAAAGGAAGAAUCAAUGUUUCUGAAUAUACUUACAGGUGUCUAAUGGCUCCUGAAAAUUCAGACCCACAAUUCCAUCUGGAACACAGAGGUCCCGUUUCCAUGAAGGGUAAAAAAGAACCAAUGCAAGUUUGGUUUUUGUCCAGAAAGUGCACAGAGACAGAGGAUGCAGCGCACGAUGCUAACUGAGCCAGGCGAAAUGCAAGAGGACAAAGAACAGAGGGGAACACUGUGUCCUGCCACUAAUACAGCCUGUUUGUAAUUAGAUGUGACUGCUGUUGCUACAUUUGUGUCUCUCCUGUUUUUUCAUUCGAUCUGUGCCAAACAAUAACAUUUUCACUAAGCUCCUCUGCCUCCCCCCCCCACCGUGCUGCUAUUUGGUCACUCCCCUUUUGAUAUUGUAGUAGGUCUUCUGUGGGUCUGUGUAUCUCAAUGUCUUUUGCCUCCCAUUCUUUAUCUAACAUAAACUUUUUCACAUGCCAUAAGGGAUGUUGUGCUUCACACAUAUGCUUCUCAUCUACAUCUUUAGUGACUAAUCACCAUGAUCUUUAUGAUGCUGUAACUCAAACUGUUUCUGCGAGGGGGAAAAAUUCCAAUUGAUAGCAAGCAUCAUGAGCUCAGAGAACUGAUAUUUUUAUAGCCGUGAUUUGGCAUUUUGUUGUAAAGUUUAUACUAAUCCAUCUGCUUUCCUCCAGUCUGCUAUUGUGAAAUAUUGCAGUUUGUUCUAGAAGGUAGCUUCAGUAUGCUGGUGGUUGCUCUUUUACUAUGUAUUGACUGUCUGCUGGUGCAACAUACACAUUUUGUACAUGGAAGAGAAGGGUGGGUUGUUUAAUAUUAUGUUAUAGAAGAAAAUGUGAGUCAAUUUCUGUUCAAAAUCUAAUUGUGUUCUCUCCUAUUUCUCCUACUGAAUUCUGGGGGUAAAGAUGAUUCAUGCAUACUUGCAUAAAUAUAGGUUGUUGGACAACUUUUAAUAUAAUGCAUAAUGAUAUUAUUACUUUUUAGACCAGGGGACAUUUCAAAGAAAUUUUUUUGAUACCCAACCAUAAUAAUGAAGAAUUUCUGGGACUUUGACCAAGUUUAUUCUGAAAUUAGGGGACCUAUAAUAAGUCACAGGUCUCUGUCAUUCUGCUUCUUGCAAGGCCCAUACAGAGGCAUUGGCAAAGACUCAGUCCCACAUGAGAUAUACAGGAAAGGCGUGUUCAAAAUGACCCGUGAAUGCAUAGCAUGGAUAGGCUACAAAGCAUGGAUUAGAUACAGUGGUACCUCAGGUUACAGAUGCUUCAGAUUACAAACGCUUCAGGUUACAAACUCUGCUAACCCAGAAAUAGUACCUCAGGUUAAGAACUUUGCUUCAGGGUGAGAACAGAAAUCGUGCUCCGGCGGCGCGGUGGCAGCAGGAGGUUCCAUUAGCUAAAGUGGUGUCUCAGGUUAAGAACAGUUUCAGGUUAAGAACGGACCUCCGGAACGAAUUAAGUUCUUAACCAGAAGUACCACUGUAUUUCUAAAUUGCAAGACAAAUAGCUGCUCCUCCCCACAAAAGUAUCCAAGAAUACAAGUAAGAUUGUUAUGGAAGAAAAUGCCAUGCUUUAUACUUUUUAAAGAAAGAAGUCACUCUCCAAAGGCACUAGGAAUUUUAAAACAUUAGGCUUUUACCAUACAGUCUUUUUCAUUGUCCUGUCCCUCUGGGCAGAGCACUAGGAAUGAUCAGAUGUGCACUAUGCAAGAAGCCUAUUUCCACAAUUAGCAUGGUGGCAAAACCUGCUGUGCAUUCUUAAAGAUUCCCCUUGAAAUUUGCUUUCCCCAGGAUCUGGUCAGAAUGCUCUUUUGGGUGAAAUUGAGGCAACAGUAUUAUUUUCUACUAUUUCCCUAUAAGUGAAAGACAUGUUUUGGAUAUGGUUAUCAAGAAAAACCAUUUUUUAGCCUCUCUCUUUUUUUAAAAAAGCCUUGUUUUAUUGCUUGGGGGAAAAAAGUAUAUCCAUUAUUAUAUAAAGAACCUUGAUUAUCCAGGUUCAUCAUAUGUGUGUCUACAUAGACCCGUGUAAAUGUGAGCUGCACUUGUAUUUUUAUGAACUUCUGAUUAUCUUGUAUUCUAAACCUGUCAGAACUAAUGAGCUCAGUUUAGAUAUAUUGUAGGAAUAAUACACCGACUCCUAAUUCAUUUCAUAUUUUUUGAUGAUGCCUUUAUAAGAUAUAGACAUGUACAUAUAUGUAUAUAUACAUAAAUAUGAAUGUAAUGUAUAAAAUAUGUCAGUCUCUAGUUUAUAUAAAUAUAUAUUAUCUAACCAACAUAAAAUAUAUGUAUAAAUGUUUUAUGUUAAGGUGUAUAAGGAAGGUCUUUAAAUUAUGGGCUUUUUCUCACUGAAAGGGUUUCUCCCUGUGGAAAACCAUAUGUUAAUAUUGGAAAUGGUAUAAUAAAUACAAUUUAUCCCCUA